AUGGCGUCGAACCACACCGGCGAUGAGAAGACUGACAGGGAGGAGCAAGAAGAGGCUUUAAUAGCUUUGAUUGAACACCGCGCCAAAGAAGUUGAUCAUCUCCGUACGCGUGUCGCCUACUAUAAAUCCGAGCUUGAUGAAUCUGAGAAGAGGUUAGAGGAAACACAACGCAAAUUAGCACGCCUUAGAAGUCGAGGGAAUCCUGUGGCAUCUACAAAUAUUUCCUCUCAAAAUGGUGUAAAAGUGAAAGAAGAGAGGAGAUCAUGUAGCCCUGUAAAAAUAAAAACCAGUGAACAUUCUUUACCAAAUCUUCCUAAAAUUCCAAAACAAGAACAGAGACCACAGCUUGUUAUCCCUGCAGUAAAUCCAAAACCAUCUGCACCUAUAAAAAUGGCAGAAACUGCCACUAAACCUUCUACAUCAGUUCCAACAUAUGCCAAAAGCAUUGUCAAAGAAAAAGGACAUAGAAAUAGAACCCCUCAUGAACAGGAAGCUGUUGAGACUCAAUCCAGAGGGACAAAAAGGAAAUUUGAGCAGCGUGAACAUGUAGAUUUAAUUCAGAUGGUUUCCAGUUCAUCUUCACCACGUACAAUCAAUUGUCAAACUUCCAACCACAUCUCAUGCCAGCAUAAGAGAAAGCUCAGAAGUCUUGCAUUGUGUCCUACAAAUGAUCAGCUUUUUGUGACCAGUGCUCUGGAUGGACUUGUAAAUCUAUGGCAAAUUCAGUCCAGAGGAUCAAGUGCAUAUCUUCUUAGUACAGCCGACUGUGCAUCCACGAAACACAGAAGGUGGCCAGAAGAUAUAGCAUGGCAUCCACAUGGCGGCAGCCUAUUCGCUGUCUACACCGCUGAUGGAGGGGACCCGCAGAUAUCAGUCCUCAACCUGAAUAAACCAAAAGAGAAAAAACGUGUAACUUUCCUUGAAGAUAAACCACAUGUGAAGGGCAUCAUCAACAACAUAUCAUUCAUGCCAUGGGAAGAUACCUGUUUUGUAACUGGUGGAAGUGAUCAUGCUGUGGUUCAAUGGAGUGAUAAAACAGGGGAUGAUUGUUGGAAACCAAAAGUGUUGCACAGAAGUAUGCAUUCUUCAGCUGUUAUGGGAGUUGCAGGGAUGCAACAGAAACAGAUGGUGGUUUCUGUAGGUGCUGAUAAAAGGAUAAUCGGAUUCGAUUUACAAACUGGAAGAGCCGAUUACAAGCAUCAGAUUGAAAGCAAGUGUAUGAGUGUUUUACCAAAUCCUUGUGACUUCAAUCUUUUCAUGGUUCAAACCAGUACUCCAGAGAGGCAACUCAGAUUGUUUGACAUCAGAUUAAGGCGAACUGAAAUACAUGAAUUCGGUUGGAAACAAGAAAGUAGCGAAUCACAAUCGGCUUUGAUCAACCAGACGUGGUCCCCAGAUGGGUUGUACCUAACCUCGGGUUCAGCGGACCCCAUGAUCCAUAUAUUUGAUAUUAGGUUUAAUGCCAACAAACCCUCGCAGUCGAUUAGAGCUCAUCAGAAACGUGUGUUUAAAGCCUCGUGGCAUCACUCGCUUCCUCUCCUCAUUUCCAUAUCCUCAGAUCUCAAUAUAGGGCUGCAUAAGAUCAUAUGAAAACUCACACGAAUUUGUUGUGCUUUUAAUUUUUAAUUUUUUUUUUGGUAAUAUGAGGAG